AUGAUAUCUCAAGGUACUAAUGUAACGGAGAUAAGUGCUUCUAAUCUUUGGUGGAAUGGACCUGAUUGGUUAGGCAUAUCAGAUGAGUUGUGGGAAAAGGUCCCAAGAAACAUAUUGAAGGAAGAAGAAAUACCUGAUCAACGCACAAUACAAUUUGCAUUAGUUGGAGUUCAAUCUAAUCAAGAGUUGGUUCAACAUUACUCCUCUUGGUCACGACUGCAGAGAGCAACAGCUUGGUUAAAAAGACUUGUAGAAUAUUUUAGAAAAAGAAGGGUACCAAGUGAAGUUCAUUUGUCUGUAAGAGAACUGCAAGCGGCCGGAGUAUGUAUACUGAAACAAGUCCAAGUCGAAUGUUUCCUUGAUGAGUUGCGAUCUCUGGAAUCUCAAAGGGAGUUGAACCUAAAAAGUAAACUGAAGUCCCUAUGUCUAUUUAUAAAGGACGGACUAAUCUUGGUUGGUGGACGUUUGAACAAUUCUGGGUAG